CCCACCACUUUCGAUCUACACUUACCGUACGCCGCCCAGCGUGCUCAUUCCGAAACAGGCAACGGUCGUGAUCGCACCGAUAUCACAAAAUACGUAGCUACUUGUCACGUUGUUGGAAAAGCAGAACACCGAUAUAAACCACCGUGUGAUAUAUGCGCAUACACGCAAAUCGAGACACACCAACACAGAAUAUAUUGAAAUAAUUGUAAAACUAAAACAAACCAAAACAAAAACGAACGCAAAAUCUUGUCUGGAUCGAAGAUAAAAAUAAUACGGCGGCGAUCCAAAAUAAACUGGAAUUGAAGAAAAUCUUUCGUAAGGUUGCGAAAUAGGUGUUGUGGAAAUAAUUGCAACCUUUUACUAACCAGUGAUCUGCUUUCAGUGAUAUACAAUAAAAUAAAAAAGUGUUUGAAUCGACAUCAUUUUUGACGAAAAAUCGAGAAAACGAUUUUUUUCAAAACGGAUAAAAUAAUCAACGUUCCGAUACGUAGCUCGGAGGAACUUUCUCGAAGUAUACAACAACGGAAAAGAGUGCAUAAAGACGAGACGAGAUGGCGUUUAUGAUGCCCGUUGUUAAAAACGAGUGGGAUAUUUACAAGACAAACAGGAGCAGACGAUCGUCCGAGUGUUCGAAUCCUCAGGCUUGUCGGAGUCGAAAGGUGUCGGAAUGUUCAAAAUCGGAGGGUCCCUCGUUGUCGACGUCACCGGGUUCGGACUUUUUGACGUCGCCGGCCCAUCGAUCGGUGCCACUAUCGUCUCGUCAUUUCUCGAGAACAUCCUCGAGGGCUUCGCAGAGCUCGUUGCAGAGUCCGAGCAAAAGUACCGCCUCCUCACCACCCAAGACCGGAAGUUCAAAUUCAUUGAACAAAUUUCACAACCGAUUGGUCGACAAAUUGAAACGAUCGCUGAAAAAAGCUGACGAUUGCGGGGAGGAGCAGAGAAAUUUGUCGUGAAAGAGUCAUUUGGUUUUGGGCCGUCCACCAUUGUGCGGCUCAAAGCCGAUCGAGAUCCGACGCACAUCGGCACCCGGUAAUUCGGAUGACUCCAACGAAGCAGGGGGUACAAGUUCCGAGGCCGCACGCUCGUGCCCGGAUCACUCCGUCGCGUGGUAAGGCACUCGCAACAGCGCCCAUUAUCCACCGAAACAACUCCGAAACGAAAAGCAUCCAAAAAGAGAGCGAUAAAUCGCUUUGAUAACGGAGAAUUUUUCAACGGACCGGAAACUAUCGGAGCUCGAGCGAUCCUUCGUCGCUAUGCGCGCGGCGAGAGGCCAGCCUCGAAUAAAAAUAUUCCAAAAGGAUCAUUGAAACCGCGAACCACGGGGGUGGUGGCUCCAUCGUUGGAAAGAGAGCAAUCACGAGAUCUACGAACAACAACUAUGAAGAUCGCUCGCGCGGAAAACCUUCGAAAAGAAACCUUCGAAUUAUAUAUAAAAAGAAACAAAAAAAGACGGAGGAUUCGACAAAGGUCAGUGACGAAGCCAACAACAUCUCCAUUCUCUCCUUUGUCAAAUAUCGUGUCAACAUUUUUCAAUAAUAUUCCAUCACUAUUCUUGCAAUCUUUAUGAAAUUAGAAUCUUCAAAUUCGGAUCUUUCGAGUCUGAUGAAAAAAAAAAAAAAAAAAAAAAAAAAAAAAAAAACGUACACGUACAAAAGUAAUAACAAUGAUACUAAUCGAUAGAGUUAACUGUGAAAAUAAAAGAAAUAAUUAUUCUAACCGGAUGAAACUUUCCUUUGUGCGGGAAAAGUUUGGAAAAAUUACGAAAAGGAUUUUUAAAUGAAAAACAACAACAACAAACGGUAUCCUUUCGUUUAGGCCAGAAAAUCGAUACGGGGCAUCCUUCUCUCGACGUCUUCAAAGUUCCAUGGGACAUGGUUGUCCGUCACGAUCGUGUUCUCUCUGUUUUCGACGAGAUCGGGGAUCGAGCGAGAAAGAACAAUUUUAUUUAUUAAUACAUAUUACGAUUUCGACGAGAUACAUAAUCAUUAUAUUUUUUAUUCCAACAAUUAUUGCUCGAUUACAAGGUUGGAAUAAAUAUCGAUAAUAUUCAUUUUCCGAGGUUCCUCAUGUCCAUUUUCUUACUUUCAAAUAACACCCAAUUUUAAUCUCCGUCGCUCACUAUUAAGAAUCAAAGAAUCAAUGUACUACUACAUCAUCAAAUAAAAAUAACCCCAAGAAUGAUAACUGGAAUGGUCUCUCGUACAUACUGAGAUGUUCCGUUAUAUAGUUGUUUUUAGUAAGCCGCGUUGUGCGAGAGGGCGAAGAAUAAUAAGGCUAAAGACUGAAAAAUUGAGAACGUAUUGAAAAAAAAAAAAAAUAUAUAUAUAUAUAUAUAGAGCAGAUAUAGAAACUAGAUAUUGAAAAAUCUUUUUUUGCAUCGUGCUCGUAGCAAACGAGGUCCCAAGAAAAGACUUGUCUAGGAUAUAUAUCUAAAAAAGGUAAUGCAUUGCUAUUAUUACUAGUGUCAUUCAUCAUAAUUCGUUGAUUUUUUUUUCUUCAUCUCGACGCGGUAGCUCAAAAUCGAGAUGAGCGAUUUGUCAAUCCUUUUUGAGAGCCAAAUUAUUCCAUUUUUUGCUGAAUACAAAGUGCCGAAUGAUUAUUUUGAGAAUUUCAAAAAAACAAUUAUUUUUUUUCGACAUCAUUGAAAGGUGCAAAAAUCGUCGUCCAAAUUGUUUUUGGCACUUUUCGCCACAUUGGGCUAUUUUGCACAGUAGUCAAUUUUGUUAUUCACACGUGUAUAUUUAUGAUCGUUGAAUAUAUAUUGCGCCAGGGCUACGUUACGUAUAUUGAGACUUGUUUAAAAGAGACAAAAAAAAAAACACACACACACACACACAUACACAAAAAAAAAGAAAAAAUAAGGGAAUAAAUAGACGGGGAUAGCUGUCCCCUCGCAUUUUCAUAUUCGAGUCGAUUGGGACAAGCAUGAUUGAAGUAAAAAAAAAAACAAUUAUGAACGAUAUCCGCGUUUAUACUCUGUGAUACCAGUAAGCUAUAAGGUUGAAUUUAUUUUUUUGCAUCGGCGCCUGUGGCAAGGAUCGGAAGAAUUUAAGAGUAAUUUAGUGAUAAAUUACCGAAUUUAUUACGAAAAAUACAGUACGAAAAAUAAAUAAUAAAAGAAUGAGAUAUUUAGGAGGGAGGAAUGCAUCUCUUUUUCAUUUAAUUCAUAUCUAUAUUCGGUGAAUAAAUUCAGAACCCAAUGAAAUUUUGUCACAAUUAUUGGUUAACGUUUUUUUUUCUUUUUUUUUUUCAAUGACAAUUCCAGCAGUAUUGAAAUCGAGUCAAAGUCCUUAGGAUUGCAUUAAUUUAUUUACCUUUCCUGGUAUACAUUGGACGUGUUGAUCGAUUUAGAGAUAAAAAGUUGAAAAAGUUGGUUCCACGGGACAGAGGCGAAAACAAAUACGCGCGCAUCUACUCGAUUUACAACUGCCACAAAUGAAACGCGAAAAAAUAAAAAUGGAAACAAAAAGGACGCGAGCUUUAGCCAAGUACACCGCGUAAGAAAAAUCCUUCGACCAGAAAUUGGCAUCGUUCGAAUAAAUAAUAACGAAAUUUGGUUAUUCCUCAUGAUCAUUUAUGAUUUUUCGGUACAGUCCGGUACAUUAUUCGCGGACCAUUAUUUUUCAUACGAAUCAUUGAUUCGCACAGAAUUGUUCAAUUACCGAUUAUUGCGUUGACGGUAGAAAAGAAAAAGAAACUUUUCCCGCGUUUUCCGAUGCCCAUUUCUGUCUUCGAGAACCCUCUUAUAUUUAUUAGUGGAAUGAAAGUCACUGCCAAAUGUCCGAGUGACGAAUGAAAAAAGGGAGUUGCAGCGCAGUAGCAGCAGUAGGGAGAAGAAAUGAAGGAAAAUUGGGAAUGAUUAAAAGUGGAAAAGCCGAGGUUGUUGGUAAUCGGUAAUCUAUUCUAUAGCCGAGCGGAACAUCCUCGACAACUCUUUGGUACUAUUGUGUUUGGGAGUCGAUGAAAGAAAAUUUUGAAAAAUAUGAAAAUCGCUGUCUCAUAGCUGUAGUUAUUCGAGUUGUAUUCGUAAUCGGAAGAAACGCCCGACGCGACUCCGGACAUCGGCGAAAGACGGAGAAAAGAAAAGGGAUGCAAAUUUAAUUUGAAUUCGAGCACAUUCCAUGCGUAAUAUACUACGGAGAAUAAAAAUAUUUGUACGAUAAGCGAAAAGCGUAAAGAAAGAAAAACGUAAUCCUCUUGGUAAAGAUGAGCAGAAAAACAUUAGGGGGAUUACAAGUCUGCAGCCGGCCGAGGAUUUAUUAUUGAUGAAAAGAAAGGCGAGAGCGAAAACAAAAGUAUGACUCGAUAUAUCGAAAGUUUAAAGAUGCUUAACGGUUUAAACAAUUACUAUGUAUAAUAUUGUGAUUUUUAUGUAAUGUUCAAUAAAUGAGUUUGAAUGAGAA